GAAUAAUUUGACGUCAGACGUCCUCAAUUUUCAGUUUUUUUGAGGUUUAUCAAUAAUUUUCCUCUAUUAAUAAGUUAAAAGAUAACAUUUCCAGUAUUAUUUCCACAUAUGGACGAUGUUGCCUAACAAUAUGCAACACCAGUUCUGGGUAACCAAGAAAAGCGUUUUAAGGAAACUAGGAGGCAAAGAAGACGACUGUAUAGUCUCUUCAGACGCUGAACUAGAUGCAAAACUAGAACUAUUCAAAUCCAUUAACGAGACGUGUAUUCAUCUCCAGAGAAUUAUAGAUUUGUACCAGGAGAAAUUAUGUUUCUUAGCUCAGGAAGAAAAUACCUUGGGAAGAUACCUCAAAGAAUGUGGUAAAAACGAGAAGAACGCUAAUGCCAGUCAACUGAUGACUACAGCGGGAAAAGCACUAGCUUAUACAGGUCAUCAAAGGCUCACAGUCAGGCCACCUUUAUUAAGACUCCAUCACGAAGUAGAAACCUUUCGAGGACAAGCUGUCUCUGAUACUAGGAUAACUGUAUCAGAAAUGGAAAAAGCAAGGACAGAGUACCGAGCAGCUCUGAGUUGGAUGAAAUCUGCCUCGAGCCAGUUAGAUCCUGAUACAGGAUACGGCUUGGAGAAGUUCAGAAAAGCUCAGUCAUAUGUAAAAACUAGUAAGACUAAAUUUGAUAGGUAUACGUUGGCGUGUCUGCAAAAAGUAGAUUUAUUAGCAGCAGCAAGGUGCAACAUGUUCUCCCAUGCCCUAGUUCCUUACCAGAAUGCCUUACAGGCAUUCGCAACAAAAGCCUCAGAAACCCUAACUCUAGCCGCCGUAAAACUUGGCAAAGUUGAACCGUACGAUUAUAGUAUAGUUACAGAACUUGUUGAAUCUCCUUUGAAAACUGUAGAUAAAAAUGAAACCACUGAGAAGAAAGAUAACUUAGAUACAGACAAAGAUAGAAACACCUUCUUCAAUGCCGAGUAUAGCGAUAAAACUGAUAAACCAAAUGACCAACUCGGGAACGGUAUAUUAAAUGAUAAGGAAAAAUCAAACCUACCUCCAAACAACGAAACCGAAUCUGUAAUGAACUUACUGGGUGAAGAUUUUAGUGCACCUGCCUCAAAUUUCGGUCUGUUAGAACCAAAAGAAGCUAAACCAAGUUCAGCCUUAAUUGAUCUAGAUCUAGGUAGACCGGCGGAAAAUUUCUUUGGUUUGUUUUCAGGCAGUGCCAAUUUUAUGCCUUCGAACCUGAUGAUGCAGAACGAAGCGGGACUUAAUUUUGACUUUGAAAAACCUGUUAAAGCUGAUGAAAUUGUGGGUAAAAAGCCUGUUACGAGCAGUAGUUUAGGCAAGAGUAAAGGUAAGACAGAGAGUCAGAUGUCUUGGUUGAGUUUAUUCGCCGAAUUAGAUCCUCUAGCUCAGGAAGUCACCGAAAAUAACAUGGCCGGUGAUAGGGCAUAAGUAACCCAAAAUAAUGUACAACUAUAAUAUGAGAAAAAUUAUUUUGUUAGCUUGAUUUCGCCCAGAAUAUAUUAUACUAUAGGACGUUAUUUUUAGUUUUAAAUCGUAUUCCGUUCACUUGUGAUUUUGAUUUAUUUUGCACAGUCUAGUCGUAACAUUCCAAAGAUUAAUUUUUUAAGUGUAAUUUUUAAUAAAUAUGCCCGAAGGUUUUCAGGUUAUAUUAGAUAUAGAAAAUAUUUGUUUUUAUAGUUAUAUACACUGUGUUUUUUUUCUGUUUAUAUAGAUUGUAACAGUACACAUAUAAAAAUAUAAUUUAAAUAAAUAUUUACCAG